AUGUACGGGCCGAGACAGCAAGCACACCCGAAAGCUUUCACAGAAGAUUUCGACAUGUUUCUGGUCCCACCAGCUGAGCACCGACGCCUCAUGGCCGGCUACCAGCAACGGCAUGCAGCACGACAGGCCGAAAGAAAGGAGAAGAAGAAAGAAGCCCAAGAGGAGGCGCGUCGAAAAUAUGUUACUCUAAAAAGACAGCUGCAGCAAGCAGCUGCUGCUGCAGAACAGGAACAGGCUGCUGUGGAGGGCGAGACUGGGGAUGAAGUGGUGGUGAAGCAAAUGACCAAAGAGGAGAAGGCCAGACUUCAGAAGCUGGAGCAAGCGGUGUCAGCGUUCACAGAAAAAUCCACCACCAUCCAGAAGAAGAUUCAGACACUGACCACCCAGGCGGAAGAGGCAAAGGACCUCAAGGAGAAGACCGAAGAACGGGUGGCCAAAGCAAAAAAGAUGCUGGAGCAAAAGAAGAAGGAGGCGGAGCAGGUCACCAAAGAAGUGGCGCAAGUUGAGGAGAAGAAGAAACACGUGGUGACGAAGGCGCAGGAACUGACCAAGAAGAAGACAACCUUCAAAACCCAGGCCGUCGAGCGGAAGACCCCAGUUCCUCCGGACCGAUGGCUGGGUGGAAGACAGGGAUUUUGUCCCAAAUAUUGGAGAAAUGUGGGUUUUCACCCGUCACGGCAACACAAUGGGACAAUGAAGCGCACACCAAAACAAAACUUCGAGGAGGUGCACAUUGGGAAGCUCAAG